GCAGCCACUGACGUUCGCUUCAAGCCUUUAGAGUUCGAAGUUUCGAACAACUCAGAAAUAACAACACGACAGCCAUGAGAGGAAGUGUGUGGAGUCUCUUCUUAGUAAUAUGUUGUAUCUCCCUUUCUCAGGCAGGGAGGGACUUUUACAAAAUCCUUGGGGUGUCAAAAAGUGCCUCUCUUCAUGAGAUCAAGAAAGCUUACAGGAAAAAUGCCAAAGAACUGCACCCGGACAAGAACAGAGAUGACCCGUCAGCUGAUGCAAAGUUUAAAGAUCUUGGUGCUGCAUACGAGGUCCUCAGUGAUGAAGAGAAAAGAAAGAAAUAUGAUAGGUGUGGUGAAGAAUGUGUGACAAAAGACGAGAGUGGUGGUUUUGGCAUGGAUCCAUUCUCGAGCUUCUUUGGAGAUUUUGGAUUUGGCUUCCAUUCUGGUGGUAGAACCGAGAGGGAAGUAGCUAAAGGAGGAGAUGUUGUCAUGAAUCUUGAAGCCACUCUGGAAGAGCUUUAUGUGGGAAACUUUGUUGAGCUGGUACGCAAUAAGCCGGUGGCUCGACCUGCAUCUGGCACGCGCAAGUGUAACUGCCGGCAAGAGAUGGUAACUCGCCAACUUGGUCCUGGCCGCUUCCAAAUGACGCAGCAGCAAGUCUGUGAUGACUGUCCUAACGUCAAGCUAGUGAACGAGGAACGAACCCUUGAGUUUGAGAUCGAAGUGGGCAUGGUUGAAGGUCAAGAGUACAGGUUCAUUGGCGAGGGAGAGCCCCACAUUGACGGAGAGCCUGGUGAUCUCAUCGUCAAGAUAAAGCAAGCACCUCAUCCACGGUUCGAGCGCAAAGGUGACGAUCUCUACACAAAUGUGACUCUGUCGCUCCAGGAUGCCCUGGUUGGCUUCGAGCUCGAUAUCCUCCACUUAGAUGGACACAAGGUCCAUAUAACUCGCGAUAAGCCUAUCUGGCCUGGUGCUCGUAUCCGAAAGAAGGACGAAGGCAUGCGCAACUACAGCAAUAACAACGUCAUGGGCACGCUCUACAUCACCUUCGACGUGCAAUUCCCCAAGGAGGGAUUUUCCGACGAACAGAAACAAGCCCUCAAAGACAUACUGCAGCAGCAGAGCGUGAGCAAAGUGUACAACGGGCUUCGCUACCAACAAUGAUAUUAGUUGUCUAUCAUUUAAUGUUGAUAAAUCGUUCAAAUGCUAUUGUCUAUUCUAUUUUUUGUGAUAUGUUGUUUCUUCUCUUGUCUUAUAUUUUUGUGCAGCAAAUUCUUGUUGGCUCGAUUAUUUAUCAUGUACCGGCAUUGUAUUAUGUACUCUCAAAUCAAAAUGCCGAGAAAACAUGAUACCGGCAAUGUAUCGUGUAUUCUUGGCAUUUUUGUUCUAGUAAAUAUUCUAUAAAUUUAUAUUAUUAGAUUGGUCCAAAUGAAAAUUUUUCGUCAGUUUUAAACUGUAGUUUUGUUAGAUCACUGCAAUAAUGCUUGGCAUUUAGAAACGAUCCAUUUAAGUGUUUAUUUAUUUAUAAACGAUCAAUGCGUGACUGCAGCACAAGCUCAUUCCAGGAUAAUGCAACAAGGUUUUUUGUACCGUAUUGACGUAUGUUUUACGAGUGAUUUUUGAUAGAAGGUUCAGAAUCAGCCUCGACGUUUGCACCAUCCUGAUCAUCUAUCUUAUGGCGAAGUAAUUCGUGAAAGCAAACUGAAAUUUAUCAACCUCUUUAUUGAGAUGUGGGCCUGUGUGCCUUCUGUACAUAAGCUCGGCUGCCGAUUUGUUUUCCUUGUUUAUAGGAACGUCUAUUUCGCCACUGAUUCGCAUGUAGAAUUUUUUCGGGAAUUUUAACGCAUUGUAAUGAAGACGACAUUCACCUGACAUUUAUUUCGGAACACACGGACUGAAUUAAUGAUACUUGUUAAUACUAUUUUAUGUUGUGAUUGGUUAUGAUUUUCUGAUUGUACAAAAUGUAGGAAGACUGUUUACUAAGCACCAGAGCUAUAAUUUCGACUUUUUUCACUCUUUUAAUUUGUUUUGAACUAUAUUAUGUUCAUUUGAAAUGUUGGGUAAGAAAAGUUUUUAUGUAUCGAAUUGUAUCCAAGCAUAAAUAAUGUAGAUGACGUUAAAUAUUGGGAGUUAGCAGUAUGUUUCAGAAGUCUUGUCGUCUGCUAAAACGUUAUAUGAUCGCGUUCAGACAAAAUUUAUGUAAUUGCUGUGAACGCCAGACGUUGUGCCGUAAUCAACAUGCGAUUUUACAAUUUAUAGAUAAAUCUUGUCCUAAGCACGCACUUUUGAUCUCUCGCGAGUUGGCAUUAAAGUAGUGAAGUACCUUCAAAAUAAUCAAGAACCCUUGUUAAUCGUAGUCAGUAAUGAAUAAAACAUUGUUGCUGUAGGAAUUUCAGGAAGAUUCUUCAUCCGCACCUAGCUCGGGCGACAUUCAUGUACAGGCAAUGUUACGAAAUUGUAAACCCGGCCUAGUUUGUUUCCAGUCCUGAAGUUUGACACGAAGUGUACUCUUUGUAAUUUGUUAAGUACAAUGGUGUUAGUGUG